AUGGCACCCGAAACAACAGAUUCGUAUAUUAUUGUCGGAGCCGGCGUCUUUGGCACGUCAACAGCUCUGCAUUUGAUCCGAAAACACCCCAGCGCCAGUAUCACCCUCGUCGAUCGGAAUGCCUUCGACGCCGCAACCAAAGUGGCAGCCUCAUGGGACUGGAACAAGGUUGUUCGCUCGGACUACAAGGACAUCGUGUAUACAUCCAUGGGCUUGGAAGCUCGCGAAGUUUGGUCGAACGACCCGCUCUGGAGCCCGUUCUAUCACGAGAGCGGCAUCUAUUGGAUCUCGCCCACCGGAUUUGCUCAGCAGGUCCUGGACAAUUUCGACAAGUUGGGUGCAAAAGCAGAGCUGUACUCACUCGGCGUCGAUGAAGCGCGGAUGGAGUAUGGUGGGCUAUUUGAUGGCGCCGACUACACUGGUAUCAAAGAAGUUCUGAUCAACAAAUCGAGCGGCUGGGCUGCGGCAAAGGAUGCGCUGCAAAAGGUGCUUCAGACAACCAUUGAAUUAGGCGUUAAGUACAUUGAGGCUCAGGUGCAGAGCCUUGAAUUUGAUGCCGACGGAGGUUGUAUCGGGGUCAAGACCAGCUCUGGGCAGAACCUCGCGGCCUCGCGGAUCAUCCUCUCUACUGGAGCAUUCACUCCAAAGCUCUUGGUGGACAGCGCACCAGAACGAACUGAACUUCACGCCGGAGGACGGAUAAUCGCUGCAGCUGUUACCGAAGCUACUUCUCGCUUGGGUUCCGACACUUCAUCCAAGUUCUACAACGGGCCGGUCUGCAUUCAAGAGGUUCCUAAACAACGAGGCGCAAGCAAUGGGGUUGUACCACAUGCACCGGACAAAAUGGUCAAGUUUUGGGGCCAGUCCAUUUUCAGAAACACUCAGACACACCGGUCAGGCCUUGAAUUAUCCAUGCCUCCCGACAAAGCAGACUAUGCACAAUGGGAUGUGCCUCAGUUGCUCAAAGAUGACGUCGGAUUUGCAAACCACUGUAUAUUUGGUGGACAAGGGAAAGACUUUCCGAUGGAUCAAUUCCGGAUAUGCUGGGAGGCUCUCACACCAAGUGAGGACUUCAUCAUCUCACCACAUCCAGCUAGUAAGAAUCUGUAUAUCGCAACAUGUGGAUCUUUUCACGGCUUCAAGUUCUUCCCCAUCCUCGGAAAAUAUGUGACCCAAAUGUUGGAGCAGACGCUGGACAAGUCACUGCGGGCUAAGUGGGCAUGGGAUCGCGAGCUGCCUUCCACUGAUGAUAACGUCAUGUGGCCGAGAAAGGAGCUUGGGGAUGUUGUAAGUCCAAGGUAG